AUGAGGCAGGAGGGGGAUCCUGGGGAGCUUGCUGGUUUUGGCGCCAGAGAUGCGGAAGGGUCUGCAGGUCUAACAGAGUUUCAGGCCGAAUACAGGAGGGUCUGGCUGGCGAAGCAGAAGGCCAUUGCCUACAUCUAUAGUGAUUGGGAUGAGUCGUAUAACGAGCUCCUUAGGUGGGUAUUAGGAGUUCAGUUGACGAUGCUUGGUACGGUUGCAGUCCUUAGGACGAUCACAGUUCAAGUUGGGGGACAGGUGGAUGAGUCGCAAGCUUAUUUUCACCGACUGUUCUUGACGUUUCCACUAUUUAUCAAGGCAUUCCGUCGUUGCAAGCCGUUGGUCAGUAUUGCUGGCACCCAUCUGUAUGACAAGUAUGGCAGAACGUUGCUCGUCGCGAUAGCACAGGACAGGAACUCCAACAUUCUGCCUGUUGCAUUCGCCCUGGUUGAGGGUGAGAAUGCCGAUUCCUGGUCCUUCUUUCUCUCCCACCUGCGUCAGCACGUGACCCCGCAGCCGGGACUGUUGGUUAUAUCAAACAGGCAUAACGGCAUCAAGGCCGCCCUUGAGGCUCCUGACGGAGGAUGGCUACCUCCAGCUGCCUACCGCGCAUUCUGGAUUCGACAUGUGGCAAAAAAUUUCGCCCUGACCUUCAAGGGCAAGGACGCAAGGAAGCUACUUGUGAAUGCAGCAUAUGCUAAGACCGAGGUAGAGUUCGACUACUGGUUUGAUAUUAUGCGGUCUGAAGACCUGGCAUGGGGUCAAGAAUCUCCCGGGUGCUCACUGGUCAAGGCAACUUACGACAGGUUGGCCGAACUAUUCGUCCGCAAGGGGAGAGAGGCUGAGGCCCAACUCGGCACCGGACAACAGUUCAGUCAACACCUUGUGAAGUGUAUCGAGGCCAAUCUGAAGACGGCGAGGUACUUUACGGUGACUUUGUACGACAGAGAUAACUCAGAGUACACCGUCACGGAGACAACUCCUAUUGAUAUGUUUUCAUUGGGUACCUACAGGGUCUCACUUGCAAGUCAGACAUGUGAUUGCGGAUACUUUCAGGCACUUCAUUUCCCAUGUCCUCACGUCCUGGCGUGUUGUGCCUAUUCACGGCUUACUUGGCGGCCAUAUGUACACCAGGUGUAUCGUCUUAGCUCGGUAUUUAGUGUGUAUCGGAUGGGGUUCACACCUCUCAUCCCCGAGGGUUUCUGGCCACCAUACGAUGGGCCGACAGUGAUCCCAGGCCCGAACAACAGGCGUGUGAGGGAGGGACGUCCCAGGUCCACUAGGAUACGAACCACUAUGGAUGAGGCAAAUCCGAACAGGGCGAAGAGAUGUGGCCUAUGUCGGCAGCCUGGGCAUACACGUCAGGAUUGUCCACAGCUUGGAGGACCAAGCCAUACAGGACCACAUGAUUAG